UUGUCUACUUUUAGAGAAGGAUUCCCUGUUGGACCGGGAGCAACGCUAUCUAAAGUAUAUUCUGUAUGCCCACUGUUGCGAAACAACAAGGACAAGAGAGGUUUAGCGCUUGAUGGACAACUGAAACAUGAAGAUACGAAUUUGGCUUCGAGCACCAUAAUGGAGCCAUCAACGACUAAAGAAAGUCUUGGUAUUGUCGUGGCAUACAGAGUGAAAAUUCGUGCUGCCAUUGCUGGACCGCUUGGAGGGGAGCUGGUAGCUGAACUGCCAUUCACACUUACACACGCAAAACCAGCUGAAACUCCAGAAAGAAGGGAUCGACCAAUAGUCAGCCGCUCCUCAGAGGGCAGUGCAGGACCGGAUCCAUUAGAAGUCGACUUGAUACAACUGAAUGAGGAAAUAAAUGACUUGCGAGUGGACGAUGACGAUCUGAUUUUCGAGGAUUUCACUCGACUACGACUAAAAGGAGCAGACUCAACAGAAGAAGCUUCGCCAAGUGUACAGCCUCCAAGCUUGAUAUGAGG